AUGUCCCCUGCAGUCGUCUCUUCCACCACCGCCGCUGUCCUCUCGGGGCCCCGCACCAUCCAGCUCGAGGACAGACGCGUCUGGGCGCCCCCCAGAGGCGAAGUCCAAGUCAGAGUCCAAGCCACUGGCCUCUGCGGCUCUGACCUCCACUACUACAUCCACGCCCGCAACGGCGACUUUGCCGUCCGCGCGCCCCUCGUCCUCGGCCACGAGUCCGCCGGCAUCGUCGUUGACCUCCCCCCAGGCGCACCAGACACCCUCAAGAUCGGCCAGCGCGUCGCCAUCGAGGCCGGCAUAUACUGCCGCUCCUGCUCUUUCUGUCAAUCCGGCCGCUACAACCUCUGCCGCCAGAUGAAAUUCUGCUCUUCCGCCGCCCGCUUCCCCCAUGUCGACGGUACCCUCCAGACCGUGAUGAACCACCCCGCCUACGUCCUCCACCCGCUCCCAGACUCUGUCUCCUUUGAACUCGCUGCCCUCGCGGAGCCCCUCUCCGUCCUCAUCCACUCUUCCCGCCGCGCCCACCUCUCCCCUAACCAGAAUAUCAUCGUCUUUGGCGUCGGAGCCAUCGGCCUCCUCGCCUGUGCCCUCGCGAAACACCGCGGAGCAGCUCGCGUCGUAGCCGUCGACAUCAACCCCGCAAGACUCGAGUUCGCCAAGCGAGAAGGCUUUGCCGACGACGUCUUCUGCCUACCCCAGCCCCAAUCCUCAUCACAACAACCACAGUCGCUCCCAGAAGCCUGCUGUGCCCCUCCAAAAGCCAACGGCGUCUCUGCCUCCUCACAUAAACACACCCACGCACACGCAUCCACACCGUCCACCCCACGCGAGAUGGCUGACGAGCAGCUCAAAAAGGCGAAGGAGAGCGCGGCGGCUGUGAUGUCCGCCUUUGGCUCCCCAGACGGCUACGACGUCGUGUUCGAAUGCACAGGUGCCGAGUCCGUCAUCCAAAUGAGCAUCUUCUGCGCAAUGACAGGCGGCAAAGUGAUGCUCAUCGGCAUGGGCACCCGCGCGGCGUACCUCCCCCUCUCGACCGCCGCCCUGCGCGAGGUCGACAUCCUCGGCUCGUUCCGCUACGCAGACACCUACCGCGAAGCACUCGCCCUGCUGUCCACCCCUUCUCCUACCCCUUCCUCUUCCUCUUCCUCCUCAUCAGCCUCUUCUCCUUCCUCCGCCUCAUCAUCAGAAUCAGAAGCGCAGGUGGAAUCAGAAGCAAACUCAAAAACCGGCAGGUCACCGUCACCGUCAAUACCCCUCCCGGUGCUCGCGGCGAAGCUCGUGACGCACCGGUUCCCGCUCGCGGAUACCAAGCGCGCGUUUGAGAUGCUGGCCAAGGGCGUGGAUGAUGAGGGCGGGUUGGUGCUUAAGGUUAUGGUUGGGUCUGGGGUGCCUUGUUAG